AUGCCGAUCCAUCUUCCGUCCUCCGGCCUUUUUAAGCUCACCUUAAAUCAUCCCAAUUCACCGCAACCCACUGUCUCAGCCAACAGAACAGCCAAACCUCGAAUAGCCAAGGCCAUCUCUUCCUCCUCCACAUCCAACUCAGUCGAGUCGAGCUUCUCCCCCUCCUAUUCCUCUUCCUCGACCUCCCUCUCAGCCUCCUCCAUCGACUCAAUCCCCGAAAGCAGAGAGCCGACGCCGGAGCAUGACCCGAUAGCAGCGCACGAGGCGCUCGCUCCUCUGCACUGGAAUGCAGAGGACUUCAAUUUCGGGGUCAUCUCCAAGCGCGAUGAACCCCAGACAGAGGGCAAAGACCUCAAAUCCCUGCUCGGAGGGGAAAUGGAGGAGAGCGAGGACGACAAGUUCUCGUGGGACCGGGUCAACUCCUCCUUAGAAGAGGAGAUCGACUCCUCCUCCGACUCUACGGCCGGGAAGGCCUUCCGCUUCCUCGGGUCCUCUGAGGAAGGGUCCGAGGAAGAAGAUGAUGACGGCGGCGGCGGCUACGACAGCGGCAAUGACACCAGCGGCGGUAGCAGCAACGACGACACCGGCGGCGGCGGCGACGACGACAGCGAUGGCGGGAGUACGCCGGCGCGAAGCCCCAAGCGCCGUAGGUACCUAGGUACCUACUGGUGGUAG